CAUGCAAGAUAAAAAUAAUUCUGAAAUCAUAGGCCAAAGAUUGCUCUCAUUCCCAGCAACGAUGCAAUGCUUCUAGAAACAGGAAAAGAUUUCAGUAAUAUCUCACUUGUCAGAGAGAUUCAUUCUUCUAAGAAAUACGGGUUGGAAGGCUGCACCAAAUUCAGAGGCAAUGUCAGAUAAACAGUAACAAAACAGAUGGUUGCCAGCCAUGGCAAUUAAGUCCAGACUUCAAGUGGAGCAUGUAGCUGCAUGGUACUCUAAAAACAGCUGAUAAAAAGGGACAUACAGGUCUCCAACUCCCACUACUUUCUCAAUGCUCUAAUUUUGAGCUCAACCAGUAAAAUCGCAAAAGCGUUAUUAGGUAAGAGCACAUUUUAGAAGCUUCAACUCUGUGGGUGAAAAGAAUGGAGGAAAUGUCCAGUAAGCAAGCAGACUUGGAGGGCACCAACAAUGAAAAAGGGAGGUAAUGAUUUACGGAUCAACUAAGAAACAAACCAAGAAGACAACAAUCUCAUUUGCAUCAAAGGCAAAUUCUACUUCCCUCACCAUUUCAUAAUCUUUCUCGUCUCCUGCAUAAUCAUUCAAAUCAAUCAAGUGAGUUAGUAUUAAGCAUUAGCAAGUAGCUGACAUAUAUAAUAACCAGGAACAAAAUUGUUUUAAACUGGCAUGAGUCCUAUAAGCAAACUAACAAUUAAAUAAUUAAGGUUGAACAUACAGAACAAUGAUAACUGUUAGUGUUGAGAUAUUUGUUGUGCAACACGGGUCAGUUUAGUAAUGCCAAACCAUUUUUUUAUGAGACGUGUAACGAACACAGAACAAAUUAUAUACCUCAAAAGGAUAUGAAGUAAGGGAAACCCAAAACUCGAGCCUGACCUUCAAUCCCAAACAUAAGACUUCGCUGUAAAUUCCCCAAACAAAAACUGAGUGUAAACCUCGAAUUAGAACCGUAUUAAACUUCGAAUAGGGUGGCAGGGAUGAUGCUUCUCACCAUUUUCCAGCUUCUCAAUUGAACUCAAGAAAUGCAAAAGAUGUUGAUCCAAAGACAUCCGAAAUUCUCUUAGGCAACGAAGUACUGAUUAAACUCCGUUCAAGUCCCCAACUAUUUUUCUUUUUAUCUUCCUAGCCGAUCCCAACCCUAAUCUCUAAAGUUGAGCUUCUUAUUCCCUAGUUCCCUUCUACCUGGAGACAAUCGAGCCUUCCAAUCGCAAAACUCUCACACUCUGCCUUCCCUUUCCGAGCUACAGGCAACAUUCAAGGAGGCAAGCAAUUCGUUGGUAAAUGGAGAGGAAACUACCAAAGAACAGAAUCCCAAAAAUCAUAACACACAUUGUCAAAUCGAGCAAAGAUCUGAACUUGUGACAUAACCCAUCUCAAUUAGACGACUAAAAAGGAUGGAGAAAGCAAAGAGAAAAUUCACUCACCGCUGUUUUCACCAGCCACCAGCGGGUCCGCCUCUUCCUCCAAGGUAAGGCCCCUCCUCUCCGGCCAUGGUUCCUUUACAUCUCUCGCUUUCCUCCAGCGAGUCAUUCUUGUCGACUCUUUCAGCAUACCAGUUUCGGUGAAGACGAAUCGAUGGAAGAGGAGAGGGAACACACCAAUUCAUCUGGAAAAAAUGCGGAGAACUCCAAGAACGCAUCGUGACGCCAAGGACUUCCAACAAUCCAUGUAUGCAGGAGGCGCAAUUUGAGGGAGGGAGCUUGGUCUGUCCAUUUAAAUUUGGAGAGGACGGCUUAGCCAUGGUGCGAAGGUACGGAAAAGAGGUGAGAACGGAUGAGAGAGCUGGGUGGAGAAGAGGGUUUGGAAAUGGGGAGUACAUAGAGAAAGGGUUUCAAAAUGAGUUGCAGCCAAGACCGAGACGGUGGAGGCAGAGAAGAAAAGCGCUCUCUCCUUCCAUAGGAAUAAGGCUACUGGCGAGGACUGUAGAAAACAUGGGUGGUGGAGUAUGGAAGCAACCACAAGGAACCGUCAAAUCGGCGAGGUAUCACAGAGUGAUGAGAUGACAGGAGAUGAUGUGCAGCAGCGGAUUUCAGAGAGUGGGGGUGAAGGGAAGGGAUUGUGAGAGGGUACGAAAGCAUGGUCGCCGGAAGGGUGAAGGCCAUCUCGGUGGAGGACGGGCAAAAUUGGCGAAGUCGGGGAAGUUCUCUUCAGCUCGUUCAGAAGACGCCAAAAUAUGAUAACAGUAAAUAGCAGUUUUUGGCAAUAAAGCGUACCCACUCUUUAUAUUUAAAGAAUAAUGAAAGGAUAGUAGUGCUGCUGUAACUGCUUAUUAGGGGUGUUCAAACGGUUUGGUUACCGUGGUAACCGUUUUAACCAGUACUAUUUGGAUAAUUUGGUUUGGUUAAUUUGAAUAAUUGGUUUGGUUUGGUUAAAGUUUUUAGCUUGUUUGGUUUAGGUGGUUUGGUUUGGUUUCAGACACUCCUAAGUAGUCAAACCAAAUUAACCAGUUAAGUAAUUAGUCAUAUAUCUAACAUAUAUUAUAUACACAUACUUAAUACUUUGCAUAACCACUCAAGAGUUAACGUUUAUCCCUUUUAGACUCAUAAAAUAUAAAGCUCAAUAUUGCUCAGGGAUAGGUUAGGGUGGUUACUCAAUUUUGAGUAAUCACGGUGGCUACCAACAUCUAUACCAUUCAUUAUCUUUAUUUUAUUAUAUUUUUAAAUUAACGAUUAAGAUUAGA